AUGGCGUACCGCAUGGGCCAGGAGAAUGUGAUGGGCAGGUAUCCUCUCCACUUUCACAUGAUGGGCAAAGUGAAUGGAGACUCCUUCUUCGAAGAUUGCCUUGUGCAGCACAGCUACUUUCGGGCCUACACGGUCCACGGCACAUCGAACUCGAGGGUGUCCCGAAAUGUCGCUUAUGACAUUUCGGGCAGCGCCUAUUACCUGGAAGAUGGAAAUGAAAGGGACAACCUUUUCGACUUCAACCUUGCAGCUUUCAUCCUCAUCAUUGACCAGCUGAAUGACUACGGCGGCGGUGGCCAGGGCGGCGUGCGAAUCCAUACGCAGCCAAGCCGCAUCGUGCCAACCGACGCCACCGCUGUCGGGUUUUACUGCACCAAUGCGAAGAACAGAUGGAUCGGCAACUCAGCGAGCGGUGGCUUCUCUGGCUUCCAUUUUCCUCGUGUGCCGUACGUUCUGGGCGACAGCUACGCGCAAAACAAGGACUAUCAUCCGGACGAGGAGGAGCUGGGGGAGUUUGAUUCGAACACCGCGCACUCUUCAGGGCGGCUCUGGAGCCGCGGCGGCUGCAUGUAUGUCGGCGGCGAGCUUUGGGAGGACAACAAGGGAUCCCAUGACUACAGCUACGUGAGUGGCCGGACAUCGACCCGCAAGGGUGGCCGCUUCUUCAUGACCAACACAAAGGCGCAAGGCUACAAGGAAGAGGGAAGUCUACUUUCGCGGGCUUGGCGUUUUCCGGACCCUGCACUUUGGUCCUAG